AAUAGAGAAAUGAGAAACGUGCUAGUACUGAUGGAACUACCUUCUCUAUCUUUGGAUCCACCGUCAAGUGUCCAAUGUACAUAAGUACAUUCCCAUCUCUGCAAGCUUUUACUCCAUGGAUGAAUGGGUGAUCUCUAGGGUUUUCCAGAAAACCAGUUUAACCAGUACCGGAGCCACCGGAGGAGGAGGAGGAGCAAGUGUUAGCGUAAGCAGCGGCACUGGUGCAUCUAAAAAGACAAAAGUACCCUCAACAAUCUCAAGAAACAACCAAGAACAACCAAGCUCUCCUUCCUCCGUCUCACUCCCACCUCUCCUGGAUCCCACCACCACCCUCGGCUACACCGACAGCAGUUGCUCCUACGACAGCCGUAGCACCAACACAACCGUCACAGCCAGCGCAAUAACUGAGCACGUGUCCUGUUUCUCCACUGUCCCUACUACUACUACUGCCUUAGGCUUAGACGUUAACUCAUUCAAUCAUCUUCCACCGCCGCCAGGGUUUGACUUUGACCCUUUUCCUCGUUUCGUCUCUAGAAACGUCUCGACUCUAUCUAACUUCAGAUCGUUCCAAGAAAACUUCAAUCACUUUCCUUACUUCGGAUCGUCUUCUACAUCGACAAUGACCUCCUCCGUUAAUCUACCUUCUUUCCAAGGCGGUGGUGGCGUCUCCGGGAUCAAUUACUGGCUACCGACGACUGCGGAUGAGAAUGAGUCAAAGGCCGGUGUGCUUCAUGCUGGACUUGACUGUAUUUGGAACUACUGAUCACAAAAGUGACUAAUAAUUGUGUUCCCGUUAG